UACGGGAGCUUGAGCCGGGAAGCAUAUGGAACAAGGCUGGGAAAACCCUGAACAGGAUGCCAGUUAAUUGCACGGUUAAAGCGUCAUCAUCCUGAUCCUUUCUCUUCUACCCCUACUAUCUGAUAGCUCUCUGUUCUCUAUUCGUAACACACACACAAGCUCCUUUUAUUAGCAUCCUUCAUAAAGAACAAGGAGCAAGUGAGCGAGGGAUGGAGAGAGGAGGGAAAGGAGAAAAACAACAGUGUGAGAGGAACUCAGAGUAGAGCGAGGGAGGAUUCUCAGUUUCCUCCACUGUUUGCCAAGGGACUCAAAAAGCAUGGCAUCAGAGGCGAGCUCUCAGCCCAGAGUGAUGUUCCACACCUCGGAAAAGGAGAAGGAGGAUGAGGAAUGCCCCCGGUGCACGCUUGUCAAGCUGACAGUCAAGUACAACCGCAAGGACCUGCAGAGAAGGCUGGACAUCGAGGAGUGGAUAGAGGGCCAGCUACACCUGCUCUAUGACUGUGAGGAGGAUGACAUACCACAGUUAGAGAUUGACAUAGAUGAGCUGCUUGAGCUGCCAGAUACUGAGCAACGAUCAAGACUGCAAGACCUUCUUCAAGAAUGUGCAAAGCCGAAAGAGGAGUUCAUCAAUGGACUCCUGUAUCGAAUGAAGGGACUUCGCAAGAUGUCAGUAACCUUGAAAAAGUGAGCGGUUUAGAGGGGGCCAGUUUUAGGGCCAUCGUAAAUGCCUUGACCUUCACUAGACCCUCAUCUAGACAGAAGAUGCUGAUUUGGACUGUCUGCGUGAUCUUUGCUUGUCCAGUUUCUGUCAAGACCACAGAUUGCUCUAAAACCUUCAUGAGUCAGUGUGGGUCUCAAAGCGAACUAUCUGACAGACAUUCUGUUAAUGUUGAUUGGCCAUGAUGAAUCUUUCUGUUAUACAUUUUGUUGUUUUGUCAAUAAACAAAUGUGAGACGUC